AUGAAUUAAAUUUAGUAAGACACUGAAGGGCCAAUCUCAAAAUUAAAUCAGUUAAUGUUAACAGAUGAACCUAUUGGUGAAAUUUAAGAUUUUCUCAAUUAUUCAUUAUCAGAUGGAUAUUUCUCAAUUUAAGGUUCAAAAGUCAACACAAAUAACAAUAUACCAAGUUAAAGUUCUAAACAUAAAGGUAAUGAAACAAAAAGAGUUACAUUUGAUUCUUCUAUUAAUAGUCCAACAACAAAAUUUUUGAUGAAUCGCAAAAGCUAAAAAUCUUCAGAUCCUCAACAAUUACAACAUCAAUAACAAUAAAUAUUUAGUGUAAUCUAAUUUUGUUUUAUCAAACGAUUUAUUAACAGAAUAAGUUGGAAAAAGAAAAUCAACUCAUAAUUCAACCUUUAUUAAUACAACAUUAUUUAAGAUUUAGGGUCUUCUUUCAAUUUAAAACUCUUUCGUGAUAGUGCAUUGAAUUUGAAACCUAUGAUCAGUUAAUUUAGUUAAUCUUCAGAAGGGUUAUAAUAAAUUAUCAAAAAAAAGUAAAGAAUUGUUUUUCUAUAAAUAAUAGAGAAUUAUCUAAAAAAAUAAAAAAGUAAAUUACACAUCUAAAGACAUGCAAGGAUAAUUUAAUUAAAAAGAUUCAAUAAGAAAUGGAAAAGAUUCCAUUAAUUACACCUGAAUCACGUUUAAAAAUAGUAUGGGAUUGUGUUGUAAUGUUAAGUAGACUCUAUUUUCUAUUUACAAUACCAAUUGAUUUAGCAUGGAAUAAAUAUAAGAUUAUAUAUGGAGAACUCUAUAUUCCAACAAUUCUUAUGAUUCUCUUAUUAGUUUUUGAUUUCAUCUUAAGUUUUAAUAGUUCAUUUUAUUAAUUUGGAUAAAUAGUAAGUAAUAGAGCAACUAUUGCUAAGAAUGUAAUCAGUAAAAGUUAUGGUUUGGAAGCAAUAUCAAUAUUAAUUUUAAUUAUAUAUGCUAUAAUUUCUAAUUCAACUUAAUCAUAAUUUAAUCUGUUAGCAGAAUGGUGGGAUUUAUUAAUGUUAUUGUUUUAUGUAUAAUGUAGAAAUAUUCCAAAAUUGAUUAGUUAAAUUGAAGAAACUCUAAAUUUAUCAAAGCCUAGUAGUUCUUUAUUGGAAUUAUUUAAAUUAUUAUUAGUAUUAUUCUUUGUUUUACAUUGUUACUCAUGUCUUUGGUAUUUUGUAAUUUAUUAAUUUAAUUAUUUAUUUAGGUUGGUUAUUAUAGUUAUUUAUAUUCAGAAAAAGGAAGUUGGUUAGAGUUUUACCAUGUAGAACAUGAAACAUGGUAAGUACAAUAUUUGUAUUCAUUUUAUUUCUCAACAGUUACAAUGUUUACUAUUGGUUAUGGAGAUGUUGUACCAAUUAGUUAUUUAGAAAGAGUUAUUGCCAUUCUUUAUAUGAUGAUAUGUAGUAUUCAAUUAAGUUACAGUGUUAGUACUGUUGGUGCUAUAAUUGAUACUAUUUCUGCUUAUGGAUAAGAGAAGAUGAGAAAAAUGAGAAAGAUAAAUUCUUAUAUGUAAAAUAGAAAGAUUGAAUAUUAAUUAUAAUAUUAAAUUAGAGAAUACUUAAAUUAUUAUUGGGAAUCAUAAAAUUAAGUUGAAAAUGAUGAACUUAAUGAAAUUAUUAAUUAAUUAUCAGAAAAUCUUAAAGAAAAAUUAAUGAAUCAAUCAAAUUCUUUAAUUUUAAAUGAAUGUCCAUUAUUUUAACAUAAUUUUAGUGAUGCUUUAAAAUCAAAAUUAGUUAAUAAAAUAAAAUAAGCAGUUAUUUAACCUGAAAAUAUUAUAAAUUUUGAUUCACUAUUUCCUCAAUUACCACCAGGUUAAUUAUUUGUUUGUUUUGUUGAAUUUGGAGAAAUUCAAAUCUUUAUUCAAAAUGAUUCUAUUGAUUAAGUCCUUGAUAACCCAUAGAUUGCUGAAGUAUUUAAGGUUGGUAAAGGUUCUAGCUUAGGUAUUAUAAGUUUUAUAAGUGGUAAACAAUCAUAAGAAAGAUUCAGGAGUGUUGGAUUUUCAAAAUUGCUUUUACUUUCUAGAGAUGACUUUUUAAAAGUAAUAUAAGAUUUUCCAGAAGAUUAUGAAAGAUUUAGGAAUCUUUAUGAUAGUUUAUAAUUAGAAGAUCUAAGUGUUUUAUAAAUGAAAUGUUUUAGUUGUAAUUCCAAAAAUCAUAGAGUACUUUAAUGUCCCUUAUUACAUUAUAUACCUGACAAAGAAUUAAUUUUAAAAAGAUAUUGUUACAGUGAGUUAUAAAAUAGAAAUUCUAAAUAUGAGAGAAAUCCUUUUAGACAGAGAGGAUACUUUGCAGCUCGUUUUGAUUAAGAAGUAAUUGAAUAAGAAGCAAAUUCAUUUAAUAAUAAUAAUUGGAAAUGGGCAGAAUUUUAUGAAGAACCAGAAGAAGAUUAAUUAAAAAAAAGUGAUAUUCAAUAAUAAUAAUCAAUAGGACCAAUUUUAGAAUAAAGUACUUUAAAUUUAUAAGCAUAAUUAUAAUAAUCACAAAACAUCAUUAAUACCAUAUAACAAGUGUCUGAUUAAUCUUCUAAAAUCAAUUUGGAACCACCAUAAAUAAAGAAAAAAGCCACUUUAUUCAAAUAAAGAACAAAAACAAUUGAAUUAUUAGACAUUGAUGAUAAAUAAUUAAAAGCAUCACUUAUGAGUAAAGCAAGAAACUAAAAUAUUUUUAAUAAUAAUCUUAUGAUAAUAAAAGAAGAAGAUAAUCAAGAAAAUUCUCCAAAAGAAAAACAGUCUUAAAGUAGGGCAUCAUUUAGUUUAGAUUUAUAUAGAAAGAAACCUAAAGAAAGUAUUCAAAAAAUGAAGAAAGUAGUUUCAAUGAUUACAAAUAUGAAUAGAAUGAAGAAAAGAUAAAAAUUAAAAAAGGAAACAAAAUCAAUUGUCAAUUAAUUCUUAGAAGUAAUUCAAUCUUAGCAGUUUCUAAAGGCAAUAUAAUCAAAAGUAAGAAUAAGAAUAAAACAAAUUAAGGAUGGAAAAAAACAAAUAUUAUAAGAAAAAGAUAUUUAAGAUACAAUGUUGUUAGAAAUUAAAUUAAAAAUGUAAAUAGAGUAAUUAAAUGAAUAUUAAAAAAAGGAUUAAGAGUUAGUAAUGGAAUCAUAUAAAAAAUAUAAAUACUAUUAAAUUUAAAAUAAUUUAGAUUCAAUCUUAGAAAAGAUAUACUUUUAUAAAUAAUAGUAUACAUUAAAUAAUGAAUUAAAAAAUUAUCAAUCUAAACUAUUAAAAUAUAUGAUUUAUCCAGAAAUAUUUUUUGAAAAAUAUAGAUAUUAAUAAGUAAUAAUUCCUAAAUUUGAAAUUGAAGAAUCUAGAAGAGGAUCAGAAUAAGAUUUUGAAAAUACAUUAAAACGAAGUCGUAUGCUAAAAAAGAGUUUUAGAAACUUAAAGUUAUCUCAAAUCAGACCAAUGUCAGAUGGAACUGGAAAAUUUCAGAUGUGA